AUGCCCCAAACAUCCUCAAAUGCAUCAACCGCAACUGUGCCUGACUCCACAACAAGUACUGAUGCAUCAACAACUUUGGCUACCAAUGUCUUACUUCAGUCAUCAUCAACUCUGGCACCAACAUCAACAACAUCUGAUGCAACAACCACAACUCUGCUUGACACCAAUACAACUAUUGAUGUGACAACAACUUUAUCUUCCCAAUCCACCGAAUCAACAUCCUCAACUAUUGCACCAACAGCGACAGCAUCUGUUGCUUCUACUACAGAUCUGUCUGACACCACAACAAGUACAGAUACAACAACAUCUUUGGCUUCCACAACCACCACUCAAUCAUCACCACAUAUUUCAACAAGAUCAAUAGCUAAUGGAGAAACAACAACUGUGACUGAGACCACAAUAUCUAGUUAUGCGACAACAACUUUGGAUUCAGGAACCGCACCGCUAAUUGUAACAACUGAUGCAUCAACCACAAGUCUGUCUGACAGCACCACAUCUACAGAUGCAACAACAACUUUGGCUUCCACAACCAUGCCCCAAACAUCCUCAAGUAUUUCAACGUCUAGUGGAGCAACAACAACUGUGCCUGACAGUACAAAAUCUUCAUCAUCAACUCUGGCACCAACAUCAACAACAUCUGAUGCAACAACCACAACUCUGCUUGACACCAAUACAACUAUUGAUGUGACAACAACUUUAUCUUCCCAAUCCACCGAAUCAACAUCAUCAACUAUUGCACCAACAUCGACAGCAUCUGUUGCUUCUACUACAGAUCUGUCUGACACCACAACAAGUACAGAUACAACAACAUCUUUGGCUUCCACAACCACCGCUCAAUCAUCAUCACAUACUUCACCAACAUCAAUAGCUAAUGGAGAAACAACAACUGUGACUGAGACCACAAUAUCUAGUUAUGCGACAACAACUUUGGAUUCAGGAACCGCACCGCUAAUUGUAACAACUGAUGCAUCAACCACAAGUCUGUCUGACAGCACCACAUCUACAGAUGCAACAACAACUUUGGCUUCCACAACCAUGCCCCAAACAUCCUCAAGUAUUUCAACGUCUAGUGGAGCAACAACAACUGUGCCUGACAGUACAAAAUCUAGUGAUACAGAUGCAUCAACCGCAACUGUGCCUGACUCCACAACAAGUACUGAUGCAUCAACAACUUUGGCUACCAAUGUCUUACUUCAGUCAUCAUCAACUCUGGCACCAACAUCAACAACAUCUGAUGCAACAACCACAACUCUGCUUGACACCAAUACAACUAUUGAUGUGACAACAACUUUAUCUUCCCAAUCCACCGAAUCAACAUCAUCAACUAUUGCACCAACAUCGACAGCAUCUGUUGCUUCUACUACAGAUCUGUCUGACACCACAACAAGUACAGAUACAACAACAUCUUUGGCUUCCACAACCACCGCUCAGUCAUCAUCACAUACUUCACCAACAUCAAUAGCUAAUGGAGAAACAACAACUGUGACUGAGACCACAAUAUCUAGUUAUGCGACAACAACUUUGGAUUCAGGAACCGCACCGCUAAUUGUAACAACUGAUGCAUCAACCACAAGUCUGUCUGACAGCACCACAUCUACAGAUGCAACAACAACUUUGGCUUCCACAACCAUGCCCCAAACAUCCUCAAGUAUUUCAUCAUCAACUCUGGCACCAACAUCAACAACAUCUGAUGCAACAACCACAACUCUGCUUGACACCAAUACAACUAUUGAUGUGACAACAACUUUAUCUUCCCAAUCCACCGAAUCAACAUCAUCAACUAUUGCACCAACAUCGACAGCAUCUGUUGCUUCUACUACAGAUCUGUCUGACACCACAACAAGUACAGAUACAACAACAUCUUUGGCUUCCACAACCACCGCUCAAUCAUCAUCACAUACUUCACCAACAUCAAUAGCUAAUGGAGAAACAACAACUGUGACUGAGACCACAAUAUCUAGUUAUGCGACAACAACUUUGGAUUCAGGAACCGCACCGCUAAUUGUAACAACUGAUGCAUCAACCACAAGUCUGUCUGACAGCACCACAUCUACAGAUGCAACAACAACUUUGGCUUCCACAACCAUGCCCCAAACAUCCUCAAGUAUUACGUCUAGUGGAGCAACAACAACUGUGCCUGACAGUACAAAAUCUAGUGAUGCAAACAUUUCAGAUUCCACAACCACUCCUGUAAUAUUAAUCACAGAUGCAUCAACCGCAACUGUGCCUGACUCCACAACAAGUACUGAUGCAUCAACAACUUUGGCUACCAAUGUCUUACUUCAGUCAUCAUCAACUCUGGCACCAACAUCAACAACAUCUGAUGCAACAACCACAACUCUGCUUGACACCAAUACAACUAUUGAUGUGACAACAACUUUAUCUUCCCAAUCCACCGAAUCAACAUCAUCAACUAUUGCACCAACAUCGACAGCAUCUGUUGCUUCUACUACAGAUCUGUCUGACACCACAACAAGUACAGAUACAACAACAUCUUUGGCUUCCACAACCACCGCUCAGUCAUCAUCACAUACUUCACCAACAUCAAUAGCUAAUGGAGAAACAACAACUGUGACUGAGACCACAAUAUCUAGUUAUGCGACAACAACUUUGGAUUCAGGAACCGCACCGCUAAUUGUAACAACUGAUGCAUCAACCACAAGUCUGUCUGACAGCACCACAUCUACAGAUGCAACAACAACUUUGGCUUCCACAACCAUGCCCCAAACAUCCUCAAGUAUUGUCAUCAUCAACUCUGGCACCAACAUCAACAACAUCUGA